AUGGGUGUAGUCAUCCCGCUUGUGUCAGUUACUGCAUUCUGGCUGCUCAUCGGUGCUGGUGGCCCCUUUCUCGUUCCAAAGGGACCUAAUAGAGGCUUUUACCCCAGUCCAUGUAAUGAUUGUAUCAUUUUAGGAAUCAUCCAAACUAUGAUCAUAAUGACGGCUGUCUGUUGUCAUCUGUUUUGGAUCAUGAUCUAUCUGCAUCAGCUUAAUCCAUUAAUCGGACCUCAAAUCAAUGUAAAAACGAUCCGUUGGAUUUCACUGAAGUGGGGGGAUUCACCGAACCUUGUUCCGCUCGGCCAGUAG